CGUCAUUGCGCAGCGGCGCGUCCAGCUCAUAGUGGUUAAUGGGAAUCCGCUGACGGAGCACAACCAGUUGUUUGCGCGGGCAUAUGUGUGCGCGGAUCAGCAGGUAGCUUGUCUUUAACAAAACCUGGAUGGAAGUCACGGUUUCGAUCUGACGGGGAAAAUCUCACAGAACAGGACUCUUCUUAUCUGCAGGAUGCGCUGACAUUAUAUGUCAUGCUCACAGCGAUCGUCAGUUACAGGUGGACCUUUCUUUUAGGUGGCUAAAAUACGUUUUUCCUCCCGUCUGCUUCUCCAAACUGGGGGCGUGCCGACUGUCAUCUACUAUAAACUCCACCUGGCGUCUCCACUCCUUUAGCAGCCAUGGCUCUCUUUGCAUCUGGAGGGGCCGUGUUCACCAUCCUCCUCAUUAGCAGGUUGUUAGAGAACUCGAUGCUCAACGCAGAAGUGAAGGAGGGAGAGAUUCUGCCUCCUACCAUUCAGAGGCUGAUGAAAGGAUACAACAAGUACCUCAGGCCUUUCUUUGACAAUGGUCCUGUAACGGUGGGUAUGAGCCUGGAUAUUGCCAGCAUUGACACCAUCUCAGAGAUCAACAUGGACUACACCGCCACCAUAUUCCUCCGUCAGCGCUGGACGGACGAGCGUUUGGUGUUUGAGGGCAACAAGAGCCUGAGCCUCGACGGGCGGUUGGUGGAGCUGCUCUGGGUCCCUGACACCUUCAUCGUCGACUCCAAGAAGUCCUUCCUCCAUGACAUCACCGUGGAGAACAGGCUGAUACGCAUCUUCCCCAACGGGACCGUCCUCUAUGCACUGAGGAUCACCACCACCGUGGCUUGCAACAUGGAUCUGACCAAGUACCCCAUGGACAAGCAGACCUGCACGCUACAACUGGAGAGCUGGGGUUACAACAUCAACGACGUCAUGUUCUACUGGACCAGAGGAAAUGAGUCUGUCAGUGGUUUAGACACUCUGCAGCUGGCUCAGUACACAGUAGAGGACCACUACACAUCUGUCUCAGAGGCCGUUUAUGAAACUGGCAAUUACCCGAAGCUGGUCUUCCACUUUGAGCUGAAGAGGAGCAUUCUGUACUUCAUCUUGGAGACUUACGUCCCCUCCAGCCUGCUCGUUGUGCUCUCAUGGGUGUCCUUCUGGAUUUCCCUGUCCUCUGUUCCAGCACGUAUUUGCAUAGGAGUGACCACGGUCCUGACCAUGACCACUCUGAUGAUGGGAGCCCGGACGUCACUGCCCAACGCCAACUGCUUCAUUAAGGCCAUUGAUGUUUACUUGGGAAUCUGCUUCAGCUUUAUCUUCGGAGCGCUCAUCGAGUACGCCGUGGCCCACUUCUGCACCCUCUCUCACAUGGACACACACGUGCUCAUGUACAGCCACCACUUGCACGACCUUGACGACGAAAUGAACGGCAUCAUCACCACCAUCUCCAAUCACAAUAGGGCUAGGAGACGGAAGGAGGCUGCCGCAGCUGCUGCCACGCCUCCCGCCUCCCUAGAACUCACUGUCAGCCCGUCCAGCCCCUCGGGAAACGAGCCCAAGCCCGAGGCGUCGCCCCCGGCGCCCACCCACUGGUGCCUCACUGCUCUGGCCUUCGUCCGCAAAGUGCUCCGCUCCCUAACUUGCUGUCACGUGGAGAACCCUCACCACAUAGACAACUACUCCAGAGUCACCUUCCCCCUCUCUUUUGUCAUGGUUAACCUGCUCUACUGGAUCUAUUAUCUGUACUUUUAGCAUCGGCUCGAGUGCAGCAUGUGUCCCGGAGAGUUUGAGACGGAGAGUGUAUGUAGACAAGAAGUGUAUUUUACUGUAUGUAUGUACAGUAAGUGUUAUUUAAGUGUGUUUUGAGAUGAGUGUGUAAAAUUUCUGCAUUUGGAUUCAUGAGCGAAGUAGCAUACUCACAUUUUCGGGGGGAAAAGUAACGCUUAUGAUUACAGCUCCAUUUUUAAAUAUUAUGUACUCAAACUCAUUGCUUAACAUUUUAUACAGCAGGUAUUGUUAAAUGAAAGGUCCCUCUGACACUGACCGGGUGAGAUUUGGUCAAAGCCGAUACACCUUGAGAUGAAAAGAGCAUCGCUUAAGAAAAAAUUGUCCAGUCUGCAUCUUUAUCGCUGUAGUUUAUAUUCAUUUUAAGUGAAGGUUGACACGCAGAAGAUGGAGCUGUAAUUUAAGGCUUUAUGACUGAGGGAGAGCAAAUGUUCUCUGCUGUGAUGGAAUGAUUAUUGAUACUUUACAACUUCAUCUUCCAUUUCUGCCUG